AUGAAGAAUCAAUUACAGUUGUUAUUAGAAGAACAUAAAAACAUUGAAAAUAAGACUAGAGAAAUCGAUGAAUCUUUAUUAAAAAUUCAAGCACAUAAAAGAACGUUGAUAGGGUGUUUAUGUGAUGAGCCAAUAUCCAAUCAUGUUAAUUCAAAUGUUUUAAAGAAAAAAACUAAUCAGUACAACAAGUCUCUUUCAAGCGGUCCUUUAAUAAUCAUUUCUUAUCCAAGACAAAACAUUAUGAAUGCUAUACCUAAUAUUUCUGAUAUCCAAGUUAUAUUAGCAAGAAAUGUGGACUAUAAAGCAUUUAGGCUAUACACACGUAACUUUAAAAGUAAACACAAUCACAGAUUUGAAAUUUACACUACAACUAUUAUUGAGAUAAAUAACAAGUCACAUCUAGAAAUAACAGACUCUGAAAAUAACAUAUUUACUUCAUUUAAUAACUUUAGCUCACAAUUUAAUAAUUUUCCAUUUAAUCUUAAUAUGUGGUUGUACUACAAAUAA